CGGCCUUUCCCGCCGUCCCUCGCGACGGAGGCGGACGGGCUCGCCUUUGACGGCAAGCAGGUUGGUCGUUGCUCGCUCUUUCCCCGCUCGGUGAUGGCGGGGGCCGGGUUGGGGCUGCCGUGGUUGGUGUCCGCCGCCUUGUUGGUGCUGAGUGGGGUGCGAGGUGAAACAUGCACAGAACCAGUUAUCUCCCCAUCCUAUUAUACUACCUCAGAUGCUGUUAUUUCUUCGGAAACCGUCUUUGUUGUUGAGAUCUCCCUCACCUGUAAAAAUGGAGCACAAAAUGUGGCCCUCUAUGCAGAUGUCAAUGGCAAGCAAUUCCCUGUUACACGGGGUCAGGAUGUUGGUCGCUAUCAGGUUUCUUGGAGCAUGGAACAUAAGCUGGCUCACUCUGGCACCUAUGAGGUGAAGUUUUUUGAUGAGGAGUCCUAUAGUAUCUUGCGCAAGGCUCAGCGCAACAAUGAGGAUGUCUCAGAGAUCAAACCCCUUUUUACAGUCAGUGUGGAUCAUCGGGGUGCCUGGAGCGGACCAUGGGUCUCCACUGAGGUAUUGGCAGCAUUAAUUGGUAUUCUGGUAUAUUAUAUGGCAUUCACUGCUAAGAGCAACAUCCAAACAUAAAGCACUUCAAUAAACUCUCUAUACCAACUUCA